UUCUUUUAAGAGGCAGAAUUGUCUGUCUUUGUCUGUGUGACUGUUAAUACUGUAUACCCACGAACAGUGCUCCUUAUGACUGUUUAUACGUGGAAAGCUCAGGAAUUGUAAAUAUGCUAGAUCUUGGCAUCUUAAAAGGCUUAAAAUCGCAGUCUUGACCCUCGCCUAUACAAGUUCAGGAGAGAAGGGUGCCCGUUGCCAGUUGUGUGUUUAUCUUUUUCUUUUCUGUGUUACCUAAUAGGAAAGUGUUGUAGGCUUAGUAGUUUACUGUGAAUCUUAGUGGUAUUGGUUUUGGUAUAUACCAUCUUACUUGGUCUAGUUAUGUUACCUUGUUUAGCAGCACCUGUCCAUCAAAGCUGGUUUUGUUGUUGAAAGAGUAGCAUUGUAUGUAACAUUUUGUACAUAUGACUGUUCCCUCUCCAUACAAACCCCUCUUGCAAAAUGAUAUUGUGGGAGGCAAACAAGCAACAUGUGAGAUGUCAGAAGUGUUUGGAAUUUGGGCACUGGACCUAUGAAUGUACAGGAAAGAGAAAAUAUCUGCAUAGACCGUCAAGGACAACAGAGUUUAAAAAAGCACUUAAAGAAAAGGAAAAGCAACUAUUACAACAGAGCUCUGGAGAAUGCACUACAGACAGGAAGAGCAAGAAAAAAAGGUCUAAAAGUGUCACGAGUUCCAGCAGUAGCAGCAGCAUCAGUUCUGCUAGUGAGUCUUCAUCUGAGAGUGAAGAUUCCUCAUCCUCUUCUUCUGAUGACAGUGACAGUGAGGAAAGCACUUCUACUUCCUCAUCAUCCCCCUCUUCAAGUAGUUCUUCCAGUUCCUCUGACUUUGACACAGAUUCUAGUUCCUCCAGCAGCAGCAGCAGCAGCAGCAGCACAGACAGCAGCACAGAUGAUGAGCCACCAAAGAAAAAGAAGAAGAAAAAUAAUCUGGUGCAGUGUUAGGACUCUGGUGUUUAUGAACGAUAAGUAGCAUCUAAAAUGAAUAAUGGCCAAACAAAGCUAACAGGUCAAUUUUUACAACUGAAAAACCUUUGUGUUUUACAUAGUAGUUGAUAGGGCAUAAACUGUUAAAUGGCAAGUAAUGCUUAUUGAAAGAGUAUUUUUGUGGAUUAUUGUUUCAUAGGAAAUACUUUUUUCUUAGCUUUUAAAGAAAUCUAUCAAAUGUUUAUAUGAAAUAAGGUCCAGUCACCCUGAUGUUUACAUGCCAGAAAGCAAAACACAUUUAUUUGAAUCAUCCUGUUACGUCACACAGCAACCUUCUGUUCGUAUCAACUUACUUCAUGUUAAAAGGAAGAUAGAAAGAUAAAAAGUACAAAGCUUUAUUUCAGUUGGCUGAUAUGUCAAAGCCAUAUUUAAUCUCCACUAGCAGUCAAAGGGGAAUGAUGUUGCCUUCAAUACAAGUGAAACAAAUUUCUUUUUUCUGUCACUUGGCUGGUCAAAUACUUGUUGCAAUAUUAAAUUGCUGAUUUUGGAGAUCACUGUUAUUUGUGGACCAUACGUUCAUGCCAAUCCAGCAGGAUUGGUUCAGCAUGUUGAAACAGGCUUCUGUCCAUAGAUUGCCCUUCUGGAUGUGUUCCUGCAUAUGCAAAACGAUGAUGUGCAGAGAUCCUAGCAUAGUAGUAAGUGGUAGACAUCACUACACUCAAAGAUCUCUCUCUCCGAAGGGGAUGGUUCAUGUUCUUAGUUUUGAAAAAUUCUAGUCUAUAUUUGUGCUAGGGGGAAUCUGAUUCCAGGAAGCUCUCUGUCGCCACCCCCUAAGCAAACAGUGCUGUCCAACACUGUCAGUGUCCACCAUGUUUAACAGUGGAGAUCCUUGCACGCAACUACAUACAUGCCUCUCUCCAGCAUGUACCACAAUCUCUGGACUAGGGUUAAAUGCUUUAAUCUUUUUAACAAGACCUGUUCAGAGCGUAAAGGCCAUUCCUUAAGCUGCACUUGCACUGUGCUUGGAGAAUAGUGUUAACUGUUGCAACUGAAGUGUUCAUCUUUGUGCCUUUUCAUAAAAUUUAAUGUUUCCCAGUGAGGGUGUUAAAAUGAGGAGCCUAGAGAAAUUGUAAUAACAUACAAAUGUCAUAUUUUCAAUGAGGAAAAAAACAUUUAUUUUCAUUGGAACUAGAUUAAAAAAGAGGAAAAAGUAUCUUUAAAUAUUUCCCCUUGUGCUAUUUUCGCAUACUAAUUCUUAACUGUAAGAUAAAUUUGAUUAUUUUGGUCAUAUAGUAAUUUCCAUUGUAUUCUAAUUUGCAAUCACUUAUUUAGAACAACUAUUUCUUUUUGCAUAGCACAAGUUAUAUAUAAUUGUAUGAACUUUGAAAUGGCAGAUACAUAAUAGCAAAAAUCAUAUUGCAGUACAUUUCUUGCUAGUUACAGAAGUGAACUAACUUGCUAUUGUGAAGAAUUUUAGCAAUUGGCAGUAGUCACUUAAUUUGUGAUACAGUUUCCUUUUAGUUUCUUAUUGGUGGGAGUCUUUUUAAGAGGGAACAUGUGGGGGAAGAUCUUAAAUAUCCUAGUCAAGUUAAAUAUGAAUUAACUAUUGAACUAUUUUUUAUAUUUUUAUGAAAAUGUAGUGUGUAGAAUGCCUUUUGAAUAAAAAUGUUCUAUUUAAAUGUUUGUGUAAGUUGUGCAUUAUAGUCUGUAACCAUUUCUAUGUUUUGCAGAUACUGUAGUUCUAAAACUACCAGAAAAUUAUUUGAAAGUCAUGCUAAAGAAUGUAUCAUUUACGAGGAAAGAUUAAUAAAUUAUUAAAUGCAAA